AUGGCUGCGGCGCAACAAAUUACAAAGAAACGAAAGGCCGUUCAAGAUGGUGUUUUCAAAGCUGAAUUGAAUAAUUUUCUCAUGAAAGAGUUGGCCGAAGAUGGCUACUCUGGUGUGGAAGUUCGUCGAACUCCUGCUCGUGCCGAGGUGAUCAUAAUGGCGACGCGUACUCAAAGUGUAUUGGGUGAACGUGGUCGUCGUAUUAGAGAAUUGACGUCCGUUGUACAGAAACGUUUCGGAUUCGCUGAGGGAUCUGUUGAGCUUUACGCUGAAAAAGUGUCGAACCGUGGUUUGUGUGCAGUUGCUCAGUGCGAAUCACUGCGAUACAAAUUGGUUGGUGGUCUUGCAGUAAGAAGAGCAUGUUAUGGUGUACUUCGUUUCAUCAUGGAAUCGAAUGCUCAAGGCUGCGAGGUUAGUACUCUAAGAUAUUAUAAGUUUUUUAUAUUCUUUUUACGCUGUGCUUCACCUAUAAUCCCCAGAGAGCAACUGAUGCCUAAGGUGUUUUUUGUUCAACAUCUAGUCAUUGCCUUCGAUGAUUGA